GAAGGAUGACAACAGAGCCAGGAUCAGAUUACAAGUGUUACCAUUAAUUAUCCACUGAUUGUCAUCUAAAGAUUGCCAGGUAGCUCAAAAGAAGCAUAACGAACAAAGUCGUUGCAACAUGUACUGGCCAACCGCGACAACUCGGCUUGUCGGCACACCUUACCCGCUAGACAAGGAACCUAUCGCACACGCACGAUCAAGCAGAAAAGGCAACUUCUUCGCCAUCGUUACAAGAGAUGGCCUCGGGGUUUGGGAUGUCAGACCAACUGUUAUGCAAGCUGCUGUGUUGCGGUCGAAAACGAGUAUCGACCGAUUCGGCAGCAAUGUGGAUGUUUUCUGGGCUCAUGAUGGUCGAGGACUUAUCGUUUUGACGGAUACUUCACACUUGCUCUUCUACCAACUAGUACCCUCGUCGCGUCCCUCGUAUGAUUCGCCGGGCCCAUCACCACCCGGUCCAGGCGAAGGAGACGUCAUCAUGGGAUGGGAACUUCGUGCUCUCGGUACUGCGUUUGUCAUGGGAGGUUGCGAAUCCGUACUCCCCCAGGCCCACAAUAUCAUGAUGACGCUUCGACAUCCACCAUCUAUACUCUCUGUCCCAUAUCCAGCUCCUAGCCAACUGCUCACACCGCCUAAUUCUCAUUUCCCUCCUCCUCCUCUUGACGCAGCUACAGAAUCCCAAAUUGAGUGUGAGACUUGGGAUCUUGGGAGCUCUCGAAGCUGGAUUAUUGGCAAAGAACCUCCAAUACCUACAAAACUGACGGCACACAAGACACCGGGGCUGCCAAUGUUGCACACUAUGUUAACCAAAGAUGGACGAGCAUAUGCUGUUUACCAGGCAAGCCAACUUAUACAUGUCUCAAGCAGCGAAGCGCAACGGACCCAGCUAUCCGCUGGGCCCAAACAUGUUGGGAUAAUCAUAUACCCGCCUCCCCUAGACCUGUCAAAGAAGAUGGAGGUGCUUGAUAUCCAAAACAUUAAGGCAUCUGAAGAUGCUGUAGAAGAUAAGGCGGUGGAAAUUUGCAUUAACUUUAGAUUUAAUUUGAUAGCUGUUGGUUUGGAAAGCGGUAAAAUCAACAUUGUUUCGCUCCUACCUUGGCCUUCUGCCCCCAAAUUGUCGCAUACUUUAGAUCUACGUCAAUCAGGCAAUCUCAGGUCAUCACCCGGUCAAGUCAGGAGUUUAGCGUGGACGGGAGAUGGGUAUUGUCUCGCCGCAGGAUAUGAGCGCGGAUGGGCGGCAUGGAGUAUGGGCGGCCGCUUGAAUGGCUGGGGUGUACAGGAUAAGGAUGAAUCUGAGGAUUCUGGGGUGAUCGAUCUGUUUUGGAUUCCAGGAAACUUGGAACUGUUCGUCUUGCGACCUUACGAAAAAGGGAAACCUCAGAUAGAGGUUGUCUCUUUUACAAAGAGCGCAACUACGAACCAGCCAUCGCCCGAUAACACUCGAUACGCCUUUUUGCAGAUGGACGAUCGAGUCAUGGUGUACAGAGGUGCCGAUCAACCUGACAUGAGUGUGAUCAAUCCCGAGUCUGACGUGUGGCAAAGCAUCAAGAUCCCAACCGCAUACAUUGCUACAAACUGGCCAAUACGCUACGCUUCGAUAUCUUCCGAUGGAAAGUUGAUCGCAGUUGCCGGUCGUCGGGGUCUCACGCACUACUCGGCGGCGUCUGGGAGAUGGAGAUUAUUCCAAGAUGAGAGGGAAGAGCGAGAUUUUACUGUUAAAGGAGGCUUGUUAUGGUUCCACCACGUACUCAUCGUUGCCGUAGAUGCCGACAAAACCCAUCAAAUUCGACUCUAUUCGCGCGAUCUCGAUUUGAGCGAGGUUUUACACUCUCAAACUCUACCGUCUCCAGUACUCGUCAUGACUCUCCUUGAAAACUCUUUGUUGGUCUAUACCGCCGAUAACAUGCUGUAUCAUUUCCUCAUCCUUCCCACCCAGUCGAGCAUCAAGUUGCAUCUUUGCGGCAGUAUAAGUUUCAGAGGUAUCAUAGAAGUGCCAACUAGAGUGAGAGCUCUGUCUUGGCUCAUCCCGGAGGCGCAGAAGACACAUGGUGAUCCCGCCGAUGAUCUAAUUGUGGCGACUAUUAUUUUCCUUGUGGACGGGAAGUUGGUCUUGUUACGACCACGUCGAGCUCGAACAGAUGAAGUACGAUACGAUAUGCAGAUCCUCGCUGAUCGUAUUGAAGCAUACUGGACCCAUCUUCAGGGUGUCGGCACUCUUGAAAACUCCCUGUGGGGAUUUGACGGGCUGAACAUGCGCAUUUGGCUGGAUGCGUUGACCAUUGAGGCUACAAGGGUUGAUCUCAUGUCUGAUGCUUAUGAGAACGUGGAGGAGAGUGUCAAGUUGCGGCUUGAUUUUUACCCUUUAUCGAUACUCAUGGACAAGGGCAUCAUCAUCGGAGUUGACUAUGAAUCUUCUACCCGUACUCUUCCUUUCCCCAUCCACAAAACCUUCACGGGCACCCACCUCUUCCUCCCUCAAUUCCUCCGCUAUCAUUUAUCUUCGUCUCCUCCUUCUCUGGCCAAUGCACUCAUUUUGGCGCAUCACUAUCAGCCUUUGGUAUACUUUGCCCAUUCGCUCGAGGUGCUACUACAUUCUGUCCUCGAGGAUGAAGAUUUGUCGAAAUCAGACUCCAAUAAUGAGGACGGAAAUAGCAAGCAAGGAAGCGUACUUGCGGCCGUCAUCGUUUUUUUGGAUUACUUCCCAGAAAGCCUCGACGUGAUCGUCAGAUGCGCGCGAAAAACUGAAAUUGAGCGAUGGCCAAUGUUAUUUGACCUUGUCGGAAAACCAAGAUACCUGUUCGAAAAGUGUCUAAAGGAUGGCAAGAUUAGAACAGCGGCCAAUUAUCUGUUGGUGCUGCACAACUUGGAAGGACUGGAAGACGCCGAUGACACGAUUCGAUUGCUACGCCAAGCCAUCGAUGGGAAAGAGUUUCACCUUUGCAAAGAGCUUCUCCGAUUCUUGCAUUCCAUUGAUGAUUCUGGUGAUGCACUACGCAUGGCUAUUGCCAAAGUCGGCAUCAUUGAACCUGCUGGCACAGCGAGCGGCAGCGAGACACCCACAAAAUCAUCGCAACCUUCGACUCCAAAAAGGACAUUGCUGUAAACGGUCUUAGGGAAGUUGCUGGCAAAUGCUGUUAUAUGGGUUGCCGUCAAUGGCACAUGCAUGCAGGACAUUUGUCAGAAUGCUCAAGGGAACGAACGGACCAUAUACUGUAUUUAAAAACCAACGAAUUCAGCUACGAUGAUUGUCAGACUUAUCCCAGGGAUUAUUCAAAAGAUUACGUACACUCGUUGGUGCUCACUCCCCUAUCUACCUUGUUCGAGAAGAUCUUUUUGUACACAAACCUCUGAUCGUACUCGCGCAUAACCUCUGCCGAAAGUAGCAUUCGAUCUUUGACGAGUUGAGCGUAUGAUUGUGCCAGGUUGGAAAGGAGGAAUGUGGUGGAGACAUGAAGAACAGGGGUAAGGAAAGGGUUGAUGUGCGUGAAAAGAUGGGUAAUGAAGGGCGCAGUUGGAGGGUAUGCGCUAUUGAGAGUAUCAGCUGAAUUCUAAAAAAUAACAGCACACUUACCAAAAGAAGGCGAGACAAAAUUCUGGUGGGUCCCAAACCCGCAAAGACUGGAUCUUAUUCUCAGCUUGACCAAGGUCCUUCAAUGAAGGGGCAUUCCCUUGCGGACGGCCGAAAGCUGAAAACACCGCAUGGCUGUAUAGCGUUAGAUGAUUACUUACCAAAAAAAAAUUACACAUACAUAAGCAGCUUGAUUAUAAAAAUGAGGGAUCUGCCAGUAAAUUUGAGAACUUUUGGGGCCCAGGGCUCCGCUUUGGCACGAGGUGCUGCCUCAAAGACCUUCUCGUCAUCGUCGUCUUUGGCAGCUUUGACUUUGGGAGCGGGGACGGGAGAAGCAUGUGGAGAGUGUACUGUCUCCUGCGCCUGUAAAAUUUCAGCAUGAAUCAAGUCAAACACAGCCGUUACUUACAUUUCUAAGCAACAUGUCGUAUGUUCUGAAUCGAGUGAAUAAGUAAAUUGCGUUACCAACCGCCAUUGCCAUUAGCAAAAGUACAAGGAUAGCCCUCUACACCAAAUUAUCAGCUUUUUCAAUUAGUCGUACAGAAGGCUUACUACACGACCCCCCAAUAGACCAGAUUUUCCGCCCUUCUCCUCGUUCUCC